AUGCCAUCCCCAGCAAACCCCGACGACAAGCAGCACGCCCGUCUCAUAGCUCUCGCCCACCGAAAUGUGCGUCUGGACGUGUUUCAUGGGUGCUGGGCUGAACCCUUGCCUUUUCUUACAGCAGCCAUAUUUCGAUGGAUUCGGGGGGAGCCAAUCGGGAGAGGAAGUUAUGGUUGUGUAUAUUUGGGAUGCAAUGCCAAUACUGGAGAAAUAAUAGCCGUCAAGCAAGUCGAAUUGCCCAAGAUGCAGUUUGCAACGAACCAGCAGAUGGAAGUGGCCAGAGCCCUCAAGUUUGAGAGCGAAACUCUCAAGGACUUGGAUCAUCCUCACAUUGUCCGUUAUCUGGGUUAUGAAGAGAGCCCCGAGUCUCUUAAUAUUUUCUUGGAAUAUGUCCCCGGAGGAACAAUAGAAAGCUGUCUUUUCCAGCACGGCAGGUUUAGUGAGAGUCUGACCAAGUCAUUCACAAGCCAGAUCUUGGAAGGUUUGGAGUAUCUCCACUGUAGAGGAAUUAUACAUCGACCACACAACCAGGAUCUCAAAGCAGCCAACAUUCUGGUUGAUCAUUCGGGUAUCUGCAAGAUCUCGGACUUUGGGAUAUCCAAGCGCAUCGACCACUUGGAAGAGCGUGCAAAUACGAGCAUGAAGGGCACUGUGUUCUGGAUGGCUCCGGAAGUCGUGUCUCCUAAAAGUGGUGGAUAUGACCUAAAGGUCGACAUCUGGAGUAUCGGGUGUAUCGUGCUGGAGAUGUGGUCUGGCAAACGGCCCUGGGCCGGCCAAGAAACUAUCGCAGUUAUGCUCAAACUUCAUAAAGACAAGCUUCCGCCCCCCAUCCCAAAGGAUUUACAUCUAUCAGAGCUGGCGUUAUCCUUCAGGAAUAGCUGCUUUGCUACUAAUCCGGCUAAACGUCCUAUGGCCGCAGAACUCCGAAAGCAUCCUUAUCUGACCCCAGUGCCCGGAUGGUCAUUCACUCAAGCUGAAAUUGAGCCCCCCCCGGAAAAGCUCGUUCCCUCUCGAAAGCAUGACGCUACCCGACUUGUUGUACCAGAAGAAAAAGCGUCGUCACGAUCUAUUUCCCGAAUCCCACGGAGACCUUCCAGCUCAUCUGCGCUGGGCCAGAGACAGACCAACCAUCAGCACACGCACUUCAGAAAUGCAUCUAAAGCUGUGCUUCCCGCUAAGCCUGAUUAUGGCCGGCCGCCUCCGCUUGUCUUUAUCACUCCUCCAAGUUCACCUAUGAAAUCGGCAUUCGGCUCUACUCCUGAAGACGAUGAUCAAGUAUUCAACUGGGCAGCAACAUCUGACUCGUCGAAAUCGUCAUAUCAACGCCCGAAAAUGUUCUACGUCGUCAAUCCUGACUCAGACGAUUCUGAUGGUGAAGGAACCAUCCGACGGCACAAAUCUUCGAAGUCGUCUUACAUUUACCACCCGCCGCCCCUCCCGAGCGCGGAAGUCGAACCACCCUUUUCUUCAACAGUCACAGCUCCGAAUCAACUCUACUUCAACACGCAUUAUCCACAGCACUCUCCAUCUUUCUCACCUGCAUCAGCACUAACAUCAACUUCAACCAAUUAUAGCACAUUAUCGUCUAGUGAUUCCAGCGACUUUGGUACUUCACUUUGGCAAAAGCCGCCGAUCAGUGCUCAGCCCGUUCCAUCUCCUCCACCUCUACCUUCUCCUCCCUCAUAUUCAGACAGAAAGGCUUCUGCGCGGCUGAGCCGAAUCGAAGGCUGGCAUCGACCACACCUUGAAGACGUUUAUCAGCGUCUAGACUACUAUUUCCCGGAGCAUGAUGUUGAUAGACCUGUCGUCAAGGCAGAUACGGUUGCGAGCCAACCUAAAGAUCGCCAUAUGAGGAAGUCGAUACGAAUGGUUGCUCAAGAGCAGCUGAAUCGCAACUUGUCUGACCCAGAAUGUCGGUUGAAGCGGAGUACCACACUUUGGGGAGGUCGCAUCGAGGAAGCUAUAAUUAGGUAA